GCACUCAGCGCUCGGCCGCACCGCCCAGCAGACACGCGCCUUCGCUGCGGUGGCAGCGCGGUGGGCCCUGAGAUGCGCGCUCGCCGGGCCCUCGCCACCUCCAGAAGCUAUCAAUUACCAUUAUAAUCAGACAUAGCAGUGCUAAUGUGGGAAAAUAUGCAAUGGGAAUUGAAGAAGCCCAGCUCCUGGCCAAAAUCCCAUGUGUGAUCUUUCAAGCCAAAUCAUGUUCUAUUGCUCACUGACUAGCCUGAUGGGAAACUUCUGCAUGGCCAUUGCAUUUUGGUUUUCUGGAAGGAAUUGCAAAGAACUCAUUUCUUGCUCUUACUAGACUGCUCUCCUGGGACAGGUGCCUCCAUUCCCAGGUGCCUCUGCCAAGAAUGUCCUGUUGUGGAUCCAGAAGAAGCCUUUUGUCUGGCCCUUUUCUGCAGUGAGAUGCUGUUUUUGCAAAACAGACUCUUGACCCUCACCUCCCUAAUGUUGCUCAUUUCAUGGAGCCAGCACUUUGGUUUCCAUCAUGCCUGAAUAGUUGCAGCAUUUGUGGAAAUUGAGAACAAUAUGGAACUUAGUAGACUGUAUCACUGAAGAAUGUAAUGUCUGAAAACAAUUUCAAAAUGCCAACAGUCCAACAGUGUGUAGUAGCCAACAAACUACCUAGAAAUAGGCCUUAUGUCUGCAAUAUCUGCUUCAAGCACUUUGAAACACCAUCAAAAUUAGCUAGACAUUAUCUCAUUCAUACUGGUCAAAAGCCAUAUGAAUGUGAUGUAUGUCAUAAAACCUUUAGGCAACUAGUUCAUUUGGAGAGACAUCAACUAACCCAUAAUCUGCCUUUUAAGUGUAGUAUUUGUCAACGCCACUUUAAAAAUUUGAAGACAUUUGUGAAACACCAACAGCUUCAUAGUGAAACCUACCAGAAUGAUGUUAAACAGGUCAGAAGAUUAUUGGAGGAGAAGCAAGACAAGCCAGUGUAUGGAAAGUGUCAGACUUUUACCACAGAGGAGAAAUGGCCAUUACACUCAUGUGCUAAGUCUCAUCCUAUAUCCAGCCCUACAAGAAAAAGAAAGAAUAUCCAUGCAUGUAAAAUAUGUGGCAAAAUGUUCCCAUCGCAGUCAAAACUUGACAGGCAUGCACUUAUUCAUACUGGUCAGAGGCCUUUUAAGUGUGUCCUGUGCAGCAAAUCUUUCCGACAGUCAACUCAUUUAAAAAUCCACCAGCUCACACACUCAGAAGAAAGACCUUUUCAAUGUUGUUUUUGUCAAAAAGGAUUUAAGAUUCAGAGCAAACUUCUAAAGCAUAAGCAAAUCCAUACUAAGAAGAAGACUUUGCAGGCUCUCACAUUAAAGGCGAAGAACCCAGAAUCAUGCCCACUGCCUACUAAAUUAGAUGCAAAGCAGGAUGGCCUUGAAAAUCUUGGUAUAGGUGAAUCCGAGGAGAAUAAUCAACUCGAUAGUCACUCUAUUUAUGUAGUCCCUUUUCAAUGUCCAGAGUGUGAGGAGUGUUUUGAAUCAGAGCAGGCUUUCAAUGGACACAAGUGUUUUCCUGCCAGUGGUGGCAAAAUUCCAAGCAGGCUCAAAAGAAACUACAACUAUAAAACCAUUGUUAAAAAAGUCUUGGCCAAACUUAAACGUGCUGGGGGUAAGAAAUUAGAUAACUUUCAAUCUGACAAAAAAGGAUUUAAAAACACUUUCUUAAAAGACAGUGAUUUUAUUUCUGGUGAGCAGAGCUCUGAUCAAAGCCAGAGAACAUUUAUGAGCUCUCUUUACAAUCAUGGAACUUAUAAAACGGUUGGCAAUAAAAAGAAGAAAAUGUUGAUCAUGCCAUUUUCUUGGCAAAAGCACUUCCAAAGUCAAAAUAUAGGAAAAAAUUUGAAAGGUAUCCUUAUGACAGAAAACGUGCUAACUGUGGAUACUUCAGUGAAUAAUAAAGAUAUAUCUACCUGUGGUUCAUCAAAUGAAGAAUUCUUUGGUAACUGUGAAGUACUUCAGUGUGGUUUUUCAGUUCCAAAUGAAAACAUACACACUGGACAUAAGAGGUGUCCUUGUGACAAGUGUGAGAAAGUAUUUCCUUCUAUAUCCAAACUUCAGAGACACUAUUUAAUUCAUACUGGACAGAGGCCUUUUGGCUGUAGUGUUUGUGGGAAGUCUUUUAGACAGUCAGCUCAUUUAAAAAGACAUAAAUUGACUCAUACUGAAAAGAUUCCCUAUACGACAUCUCUUUGCCAGGUAAAGUUUGAAAAUCUGGACAAGUUUUUUAUUCACCCACCUGAUAAUGGUAGCUAUAAUGCUUCCCAACAGUGUCAGACUUUUGGUUUGCAAAAAUUUGAGACCUCAGAUUCAGGUCAAAUAACAGAAAUAAAAACUGAAACGAAACCAGAGGAUUUCAUCCUUGGUACUCACUGUAGAAACAGCCUACCCCAUCUCUCUAAUUCACUUCUAGAAUCAGAGCAGAGCCAUUGUUGUAGUUAUUCCGAGCAAACAGAGAGGAAUGAUGGCCUUCUUUAUCAAUGCAGUGUUUGUUCUAAAGGCUUUAGAUCUCCGUCUAAACUGGAAAGACACUAUCUAAUUCAUGCAGGGCAGAAGCCCUUUGAGUGCUCGGUCUGUGGCAAAACAUUCAGGCAGGCUCCUCAUUGGAAGAGACAUCAGCUUACUCACUUUAAAGAGUGACCACAAGAGAAACUUCUAUUAUGUUCAGUUAUGUAAUUGAUGGAACCUUUGACACAUCUCUACUGAUCUUGUUCUUAAAGCCAGUGUCAUUUGAAAAAUGUUUUUAUCAAAUAACCUAUAUUAUAUGGAUUGGUUUCAUGGACAGUUGCUUGCCCUGCAUAAUAAGAGGCAAGAUACCUAGAAAACUAACACAUUGUUUUACGAAUGGCCACAUUAAUUUUUAGAAGGUAAAAUGUGGUCUGAUGUCAUAAAGUAAGCAUUUAUUUCAUUUGAAUACAUGCUUUGGCUAAACUGAAAGUGAUACCUACAUAAGAUGUGGUACAAAUAGUCAGCCACAUUCAUCUUUCAAAACUAGUUAUUCCUAGAGGGACACUUUAAGAUACACUAAAAGGCUGUGAUGAUAAAAUUGAUUAUUGCUGCAGCACAUAGUCCCCUGAUAUUUAUUACAUUUCACAUGAAAGCAAAAUUGGGUCACCCGUGGCUCCAAUUCCAUUGCAUUUUUUUUUCCUCAUAAGUUUUAAAUAUGUAAAGGCAAUACAAGUAAAAUGGAUGAGAAAAUGGCAUUACUUCAAUUGGUCUUUUCCAAGCUAUCUGUAGAACUCUGGCAGUUCCACCUUUUCUACUAGUGAUUAGAAUUGUUGCUGUUCCCCCCCCCCCCCCCCGCCCAGGCUGCUGCAGCCUUUCAGAAAAGAAUUUAAAAGGAACGUGGCUAGGAUGCUCCUCUCUGUUCUUAUGUCUGUUUACUAGAUAUGUUGUCCAAGUGCCAUAACCAUUUUUGGUGAUACGUAUGUAGUAUUACCUUUUCACAGAGAUAAAUGUAAUCCAUCUGUUAAAAAAUCAUGCAACUUUAAUAUCUGCAGUGAUUAUAGACUUAUGACUGACAUGGAGAUAUGUAUUGCCAAAGGACUUAAUUUUGCUUUAGAAAACUCUAAUGCUUCCUUUUUGAAUGGUUCCAUGACUAAUUCAACCUGUUUUGUUAAGUUUAAGCAACUGGCAAUGACUAGGUCUAGUUCUAGUUUCAUUCCUGUUGGGUUUUUGUGAGGCCAAUACUAAAGAGUGUUAUUUUGAUCCUUAAUAACUUAUUUUAAUUAGUAAACUGUUCCCACAUAGGAAUAAUAAGAUGUUUACUGUGUUGAAAAUGUCAUUCUCUAAACAGUACUGUCAUAAUUUGAUAAAUGUUUCACUUAAUUCUAAACCAUAAAAGAAUUAUAGUCAUAAAUUAUCCUUUGUACUUGCCAUUUAAAAUAAAAUCUUUAAGGAUGACCAUUUUCUGGCAAUAAAGCAAAGUGACCAUUAUCUGAGGAGAAAAGAACAGAUAGGUAUUUAACCUAUCACACUUAAGUAAAUUAGCAGACUCUCUAUUGAGACUUUGUAAGUGAACAGUUAAUUUUUGUAAGAACUGUCUGAAAAGAAACAUGAAAGUACCAGUCAAUGCCCAGUGGUGCUCAAAUGUGCAGGAGCAUCAUGUUUUAAAAGAAUUUCUCUAGGUUUCCAUGAAAUAGAUUUCUUAGGUAAAAGCAAGAUGAGGGCUUAUAGAAUUUGCUUUAUACAAAAUUUCAAGAACACUUCUAUUAUGUAAAGGCAAAGAAUAAUUUACAUUUUCCAAUAAAAGUUUAUGGAUAUUUUCUCUAAAA